AGAAUGUUGAAACACACCCCUGAGCAUCACGGAAGUGCGUGGAAGUAAUGUCAUAUGACUUGUUCAGAACGAGAAAUAAAAUGUUGCUAAUCUGUGGAUAAAAGUGGACCUUAACGGUGAAUGAUAUCCAAAGCAAACACGAAAUGGAGGAGAUAAGAAUAUCUCCUGAUUACAACUGGUUCAGAAGCACAGUGCCACUGAAAAAAAUUAUAGUGGACGACGAUGACAGCAAGGUGUGGUCCUUAUAUGACGCAGGCCCAAAGAGCAUCAGGUGUCCCAUCAUAUUCCUUCCCCCUGUGAGUGGGACAGCAGAGGUGUUCUUCCAGCAGGUCUUAGCCCUGACAGGCUGGGGCUACAGAGUCAUCUCACUGCAGUAUCCUGUUUAUUGGGAUCUCUUGGAGUUCUGUGAUGGAUUUCGGAAGCUUCUCGAUCACUUGCAUUUGGACAAGGUCCAUCUAUUUGGUGCUUCUCUGGGCGGCUUCCUGGCCCAGAAGUUUGCCGAGCACACACACAAGUCUCCCAGAGUCCACUCUCUGAUCCUGUGUAACUCCUUCAGUGACACCACCAUCUUCAACCAGACAUUGACAGCCAACAGUUUCUGGUUGAUGCCCGCCUUCAUGUUGAAGAAGAUUGUCCUGGGGAACUUCGCUAAAGGACCUGUCGACCCCAAGAUGGCCGACGCAAUCGACUUUAUGGUCGACAGACUGGAGAGCCUGAACCAGGGUGAGCUAGCCUCCAGACUAACACUCAACUGUCAGAACUCCUAUGUGGAACCUCACAAGAUAAAGGACCUGGCCGUCACCAUUAUGGAUGUGUUCGACCAGAGUGCCCUGUCACACGAGGCGAAAGAGGAAAUGUAUAAGCUGUAUCCAAAUGCCAGACGGGCUCACCUCAAAACGGGUGGAAACUUCCCCUACCUGUGUAGGAGUGCUGAGGUCAACCUAUACAUACAGGUCCAAUGGCUGUUUCCUCCUCUCCUCACUCUGCUGUCGUCCGCCUCCGCCGUGUUGUUCUCAACACCACUUUAUAUCAAUAUACAAUUUUCUAGAAAUCUUUUUAUUCAUUUUUUUGGCACUUAAUUUCUGUGAUGUCAGGCUCGGGCUUCAGCUCACCGGGCUUCGGUCAGACCGGGAUCGAAUUUCAGUUCUGAUGAGAACUCUAAACUGCAUUCGGGUCUCGAGUGCAGUCUGGCGGUGGUCAAUUAUGCUCAAGGUUUCCAUGUGAAAACUUGUUUGGAUAAUGUGCUAUUUUAUUUUUUGCCAAUAUUUGCUGCUGCGCAUGUUGUGUAUUUUGUGGAAUUGCUUUAGUGCGACAUUGUUGUAAUUUUAUUUAUUUAAAUGUGAGGUGUUGAUCCCGGCUACCGGUGUUUAUGUUUAUUUUUAAAAUUGUAUUUAACUUGGCAGGUUAUUAAAGUCAAUGACAGAAAGAGUGGUAACCCCACACUGUUGAAUGUUCUAACAAUUCUCAGACUCGUACAUCUAGUAGUGUAGCCUCGUUAAUGUAUUAAACGUGAGUUUGUGAGGAAGUACUAGCUGUACCAAGUACUAGCUGGAAAUCAGGCUGUAAAAUAAAUAUCUUUGUCUGUGUCUACAACCACCAGAUAGACCACAAACUUGAAUAGCACCACUCAACAUAGUCAAACACUUGAUAACACAGCUUCCUCUGCAGGCGAACCCAACCAGCUGCAUCUGUGCUACAACAGAGGUUUUGAUCACUGACAUCCCUUGUUAAUCCCUAGUGUCAAGUGUUUGACUAUGUUUUAAGUGGUGCUUUUCAAGAUUGUGGUCUUUCUGAUGUUUGGAGAUGCAGCCAAAAAUAUUUUAUUUCCAGCUAGUACUUGGUAUGUACAUUGGUAUUAACUAACUACAGUAGUAACUAUGUACCAAUAAUGGAUACUUGACUUACAUCAAAGUCAGCACAAUUGGUAACUAUCUGGUACCAAAUGGUACAUAGUGAUGCUUGUGGUCUAUGACCGUUUAAGGUUGUUUCCAUAGAAAUAGCACCAUAGUAGUACACAAUGAAACGGCAAUAAGAAAUGUGCAGGAGCCUGCACUGCUGGAUUCCUCACAAACUCACAUGUUUAAUACAUUAACGAGGCUACACUACUAGAUGUAUGAGUCUGAGAAUUGUUAGAACAUUCAACAGUGUGGGGUUACCACUCUCUGUCAUGACUUUACAUAUUGUACCAACAUCCUGAUCUCAAGCUUACAUUCUGUAAGGAUGGUCAUGAUGCUUCCUGCAUGUAACUUCAUAUAGACUAUUUCUGAACAUGUUCCCUCUCUCGACCCGUCU